CGUGUAAUUCGGGAAGUAGCCGCAUAUUACGGUGUCUCUCGGUGCGGUCCAGCCUGGUGACAGCUCACAAUGGGACAUCGGCAGAUUAUAGACUGAAUUAGCAGGCAAGGACGCGGUCACAUUUAGCUCAGCAGAGUUUUGCCUGUGAGUGAGUACGGUGACCAUGGGUCGAAAAAAGAUGGGAGACCUCUAUCGUGCCCCUUUCCCUCUCUACACAGUGCAUGUGCACAAAGAAACUGGAUUGGUUAUCACAGCUGGUGGGGGCGGGGCUUCCAAAACAGGCAUAAAGAAUGGAAUCCACUUCCUCAAGCUGGAGCUGGACAGCGGGCAGCACACUGCCACGUUACUGCACUCUCAUGACACAAACACGCGUGCCACCAUGAACAUGGCCAUAGGCGGUGACGUGAUGGCAGCUGGCCAAGACGGUUGCUGCAGCCUCAUGCGUUUUGUGCUGGGCUCAACCAAGGAGGGCCGCAAAACCGACACCAAGCAGGCAGGGGGUGGUGGUGACCAGGGUGGCCCCAGGCGACGUGGAGGCCGGGGUCAGGCCAGUUCUGCGAGGGAUGGGGCAGAGACGAGAGAUGAUAGCUCCCAGGUACUGGUGCAGGAGCUGGGGGAGGUCUGCUCCGACCUCAGUCCCACCGAUGCCCUGCAGAAGUGUGUAAGGUUCAGCUCUGACCUCAGCCUGCUGCUCACUGGGGGGGCUGACGGCCACGUGCGUGUUUGGGAGUAUCCUGCUCUAAAGAAGAAGUUGGAUUUUAGAGCUCACGAAGGGGAGAUUGAAGACUUGGACAUCAGUUCAGACAAAAAGCACAUUGUAACGGUGGGCCGGGACUUUGCUUGUUGUGUGUGGAGAGAGGACCAGCUGGCCAUGGGACUGCGUUGGCAUGACAACAUGCCCAACAUCACCGACAAGAUGUAUCGCUACCAAGCCUGCAGAUUUGCAAAGGUGGAGGAUCAGCCAGGUGCUCUAAGGCUUUACACGGUCCAGAUUCCCCACAAGCGAGACCGCAGGCCUCCUCCCUGCUACGUCACCAAGUGGGAGGGGCAGAGUUUCCUGCCCCUGCUCACCAAGCCCUGCGGGAGAGAAGUCAUUUCUUGUUUGGAUAUCAGUGACACGGGGACAUUUCUGGGCUUAGGAACAGUAACAGGAUCCGUGGCUAUUUACAUUGCUUUCUCGCUACAGAAGCUGUACUAUGUACAGGAAGCUCACGGCAUCGUGGUGACAGAUCUGGCCUUCUUGCCAGCCUUAGGGAAGGGCCAAAGAGUCUUGGGGAACAAUGAAGCAGCCAUGUUGAGCGUGGCAGUUGACAGCCGGUGCAAGAUGCAUGUUCUUCCUAAUCGCAGGUUCUUCCCCAUGUGGUUAGUGCUUCUCCUGUGUGGCCUCCUCGUGGUGGGAGUGGUUCUCCUUCUACAGCACAUGUUUCCUGGCUUCAUCUAGUUUGGACAUCCUCACCUCCAUCUCCAGGCUGCUUAAACUACAACAUGGAAAUAUUUGAAACAUCAGUCAGAAGGAGCAGAAGACAGUUUAACCAUCUCAUUUUUCUACCGCAGCCGUUACUUUAAUUGUGACUCGGUCUCAGUGGUAAGCGGUAUGGCAAGUCUGUCAAUCCAGGCUCUCAGUGGAGGUGUGGAAAUCCUCCGUUUGCAGCACUGGACCACACCAGAUGCAGUUCUACAGUGCUCUCCCACCGUCCUGCAUAUGCACGGGUUAGACACCUACCCCCAAUAAUGUUUUUUACAUGACAGAUGCCCCCCUAGCUCUAUAGAAGUAUUCAGAGACAGGAAAAUGCAUCAGAUGUUGGUUUUAAACAUUUUGUUUAUUAAAGAACUUAUUGAAAAUAUAGUUUGUUUUUAAUUUUUGUCUGUCUUCCCUUGGAGUGAAAUUUAUUGCAAAUAUUUUGAAUAUUCUCCAAGGUAAAUGUUCAGAUCCCCUUAACUGGCACAUGCCAGUUGCUAUAAAUCUUGUUCAUGUGGAAAAAUAUGGCUUUCUUCUGGGAAAGAGGACAACAGUGCACCUAUGGACCUUUUGUGGUACAAUAUGGGUCAUGAGAAAGAUGCUGCUGUGCCUCCCCUCACCUGCUCAUUUUUAACAUCCACCAUCUGAGGGUUACAGUAGUCAGAAAGCUGUCCUAAACAAGGUUCAUCAGAGGCAAUUACUCUUCCAUUGUCUGGCACAGGCAGACACACAUCCACAGCUGAGUCACUAGUGCAUGUAAACUAGAGGAGA